AUGCAAACAUUGCUUCUCCAAGCAUUUCUAUGUCAAGAUCAAGCCGCAGCGAGUAUUUCUUUAGCUCGUGCAACAAUAAUCGAACGACGAAUCAAACAUACCAUAGUUCAUAUGAGAGAAAGAUUAGAUGAAGCUCGAUUUGAACCAUCGAGAUUUUUUCAAUGGUUAUUCAAUCGAAAACGAAGGCAUAUUAUUAAUUUGACGAUUGAAGAUGAAGUAGAUUUCGUCAUAACAUUCAUGUUUCAAGUCUGUUCUCUACAAUCCAUGGUCAAAGAAUGUCCACUCAAUCAAUAUCAUAAUGAUCUUAUUGAAGAACUUCAACCGCAUAUUUCUCAAUUCCUUUCUUCUCAAUCAAAAGUGAUCUCUGGCCUGGUUUCUCCUUCAUCGAUAGCUCGAGAGAUAUUUAUUGAUCAUCUAACAGAUCUUCAGACCGCACUCAAUUCACUACAGUCAGCUUAUAAACACGCUCGUCUUCAUCAUAUCGAAGAAGUACUUCGCACUAAAAUUCCAACUCCAUCCGAAGAUCAUUUGUCGCAUGUAUUUUUCUUUUUUCAACUUUAUACGAUUGCUCGAUUAUUAAUCCAAGCCACGGCUAUCUAUUCUCCAGAAAAAAAAUUCAAAGUGAUCGAACUAAAAAAAUCCUUUAAAGAUUUCUUUGAAUUUCGUUUCGAUUGGUCACGAAUCUUAUCGGCACUUAAAAGUAUGCUAAUCCCUGGAGUGGGUUCGAUUUUUGUGAUGGUUCCAACGCUGGUCAAUGCAUUUGCCGAUGGACAAUGA